GGGGGCCGCCCUGGGCCGGCGGCGCCGUGAGGGCGGGAUGGCGGCGGCCCGCGGCGGCCCCCAGGCGGGCUCCGGCGACCGCGCGCUCAGCGACCUGCUCCUCGAGUUCUCCCGCGCGCAGUACCGGGCCCGCGACGGCGGCGGCGGGGCGGGCGGCGGCGCCAGGGUGGAGCGCAUCGAGCGGCGCUGCCUGGAGCUGUUCGGCCGGGACUACUGCUACAGCUUGGUGCCCAACGCCAACGGCGAGAUCUGCAGCCACUACCCGCGCCAGAUCGUGCUGCUGGACUACGAGAGCCACGACCGCGAGCGCCACGCAUUUGAGAGCACCGUGCAGGUGGGCAAGCUGCAGGACCUCAUCCACCGCAGCAAGAUGGCCAGGUGCAGAGGCCGCUUCGUCUGUCCGGUCAUCCUGUACAAAGGCAAGCACAUCUGCAGGUCAGCAACCCUGGCAGGGUGGGGGGAGCUGUACGGCCGUACCGGAUACAACUACAUCUUCUCAGGGGGCUCUGACGAUGCCUGGGCUGAUACUGAUGACCUUUCAGAGGAAGAUCCUGCAUUCAGAAAUGCAGACUCCCAGUUGUUUGACAAGGUUAGAGGGCACGACAUCAAGCUGCUGCGGUACCUGUCGGUCCGGUACAUCUGUGACCUGAUGGUGGAGAACAAGAAGGUGAAGUUUGGCUUGAAUGUUACGUCUUCGGAGAAGGUGGACAAAGCACAGCGCUAUGCUGACUUCACCCUUCUCUCCAUCCCAUACCCAGGCUGUGAAUUUUUUAAGGAGUACAAAGAUCGGGAUUAUACUGCUGAAGGCCUUGUGUUUAACUGGAAGCAGGAUUAUGUAGAUGCUCCAUUAAGUAUCCCAGUCUCCCUGACUCAGGCUCUGAAUAUUGACUGGAGCGAAUACCAGAGCUGGGACCUGGUGCAGCAGACGCAGAACUACCUGAGGCUGCUGAUCUCGCUCAUCAACAGUGAUGAUGACAGUGGGCUUCUGGUGCACUGCAUCUCUGGCUGGGAUCGGACCCCCCUCUUCAUUUCUCUCCUGCGCCUCUCGCUGUGGGCUGAUGGGCUGAUUCAUGCAUCCCUGGAGCCUGCCGAGAUCCUCUACCUGACUGUGGCCUACGACUGGUUCCUCUUCGGGCACAUGCUGGCAGAUCGGCUCAGCAAAGGAGAGGAGAUUUUCUUCUUCUGCUUCAAUUUUCUGAAGCACAUCACCUCACAGGAGUUCUCAGCUGCACCGCCGCCCAGGCGGAAAAGCUUGCCCCCUGGCUUCACUCUGGAGGAGAUCUGCAUGCUCCAGCAGAGGGACCGGGGCAGCACGACGAGCCUGAGCAGUGACUUCUCCCUGGGUGUGGAGAGCUCUCCUGGAGUGGUUGGGAGCUUCACCUACGAGGCCGUGGAGCUGAUGCCAGCAGGAGCCCAGGCCCAGGCAGCCUGGAAAAAGAACCGCUCCUCGUCACCACAUGCUGCUCUCUGGAGCCGGGCGCAGCUGUCUGAAGACGGGCCAGCUGCCAUGGGGUCGCUCGAAGCCAAGUCCUCCAGCUCAUCCUCAUCCAACCACUCUGACCACUUCCUGCGCAUCGGGAGCAGCCCACUGGAAGUGCCCAGGCCCAGAUCAGUGGACUGUUCCCUGCCCGGCUCCUCCGUUUCUACAGACUUUGGCAGCUGGCAGCUGGUGUCGGGGUGUGGCAGCAUUCAGGAGCAGGCGGUCCUGAGCGCAGACGCCUCCCUCCCUCGCAGCCUCCUGGACGAGCUCCCUAGCAGCUGCCUGUUGAGCCCAGGCCUCAGGGAGCCUCCAGCAAGGGUGUGCAGAUGAGAACAGGAGACGUAGACAGCAAUGGUCUCCCGGGAGUCCUGUCAGCACAGCCAAGCUGCUCGGCAAGAGUGACCCUCUGCUCCCUGGGCCAGUGUCAGCUCCUGCACCUUGUUGAGCACCAGCACCCAGGCCCACCAGGAGUGGCUUUGGACAUGGGCCAGAAGCCUAAUGAGUCACUGCUGCCCCGGCGUGGGAACGAGGAUGGAGCAUGCCAGGUGUGCAGCCCGGUAGGCUGGAGCUGUCUGCACGCGCUGCCUGGGCUUAGGGCACAAGUGAGAACAGCUGCAAGGGUCGGGGCCAUGCUGCAGCUGCAGGGGCUGGUCACUGCUGGAGUACGGAGACCAGGAAGCAUCCGGCCACACUUGCUGCCAGGAAGAGGAAGACGUCUCCUCCCUGCCCUGCUCUUGACCUUAUUAGCCACCCUGCUCCUAGGAAAUCUUGACCGAGACUGGCCUGAUCGGCCCCUGCUGCAGGCGGCUGCUGCUUGCAGUCCACGUGCUGGGCCACCCCAGCCGCUGACGGCAGACUGCCAGCCUGUCAGAGAGGAGUCCUGCAGG